UUGUUUGACCGUGAACUUGACUUACUUGUCAAGUCUUUUUUUGUUCUUCUUUCUACAAUUGUAGAAUUUAAAUGGACCAUAAAUGCUUUCCGUGGAAAAUUCAAGUUGGUUUUUGUGGAAAAUUCUCCAUAGACUUGGUUGACUUGACUUACUUGUUAAGUCUUUUUUGUUCUUUCUACAAUUGUAGAAUUUAAAUGGACCAUAUAUGCAAUUUAAAUGGACCAUAAAUGCUUCCCGUGAAAAAGUCAAGUUGGAAAUUGGUUUUUGUGGAAAAUUCUAACUCCGUAGAGUUGAUUUACUUGUCUAGUUUUUUUUGUUCUUCUUUCUACAAUAGUAGAAUUUAAACGGACCAUAAAUGCUUUCCGUGGAAAAUUCAAGCUGGAAAUUGGUUUUUGUGGAAAAUUCAAACUCCAUAGACUUGCUUGACUUGACUUGAUGUGAUGGAAGAUAUUUUUCUUUAACUUUAUAUAUUAGGUGUUGGUAGCAAUGAUCGGUAUGCAACCAUGAGAGCGGUUACAAUUUCCUCAUUUGGAUUUCUUCUUGUCAUCGCAGUCACCAUUAUUAGCUUUUGCGAUGGGAAUUGCAAUGUGCUUUGCAUUGAAAGUGAGAGACAAGCCCUUUUGAAGUUCAAGCAAGACCUUAUUGAUCAAUCAAACCGGCUAUCUUCUUGGGUUGAAGGUGAGGAUUGCUGUGAAUGGCUUGGUGUUUUCUGCAAUAACUUGACUGGCCAUGUCAAAGAGCUGCAUUUGGGGCUUCUUUCAAGUAGACCUGAUGUGCAUGCACCGCAUGCUGAAUGGGAUGUUGAAUGGGAUGUUUACAUUCGGUCAAAACUAGGAGGCAAAAUAAAUCCUUCUUUGAUCGAGUUGAAACAUCUCAGUUUCCUAGAAUUAAGCAACAACGACUUUGGAGGCUUGGCAAUUCCCGAAUUCAUUGGUUCCAUGAAGAGUUUGAUAUAUCUUAACCUCUCUUGGGCAAAUUUCCAAGGAGCAAUUCCCCAUAAUCUUGGAAAUCUCUCAAAACUGCAUUAUCUUGAUCUUGGACACAAUUCCCUAUUUGAAGAUAAAACUCUUCAAUGGGUUUCUGGUCUGUCGUCUCUGCAGUAUCUUGAUUUGAGUCAUGCAGAUCUUGGUAAAGCAACUGAUUGGCUGCAGAUAACAAAUAAACUUCCUUUAUUGGCAGAGUUACACUUGUCAGGAUGCUAUCUAUAUAAUGAUCCAUCUCCAAUCAGUGUUAAUUGCACAUCUCUUGCUGUUCUCGAUCUGUCUGCCAACAAGUUGUCUUUGGUGCCUACAUGGAUAUUCAGUCUUUGUAGUCUUGUGUCCAUUGAUCUUACCCUUAAUGGAGUUGAAGGUGUGAUUCCCAAUGGUUUUCAAAACAUGUCUUCUCUCAAAUUUCUUGAUCUUAGUUGGAAUUCAUUCUCUUCAUCAUCGACACUCAACGGGCUGUCUAAUUUAAACCAGCUUCAAUUUCUUGGUCUUCGUAGCGUCGGUCUGCAAGGUAAUUUUUCAAGUGCCAUUGGAAACUUGAGCUCUCUUACUCAUCUUGAUCUUUCAGGUAACUUGCUUGAAAUUAUAGUACCAAAAUAUUUGGAAAGUCUUUGCAAUCUGAGGGAGUUGGAUUUGUCAAAUAAUGGAAUUGUUCAUGAGGUAUCAGAAAUCAUAGAAAGUUUGUCUAGAUGGAAGUUGUCAUCAUUGAAAUUUCUUGAUGUUUUAAACAAUCGAUUGAAUGCAACUCUUCCUCAAAGUUUAGGACAACUUGGGAAUUUGGAACAUUUAGACGUUUGCAACAAUAUGUUGGAAGGACAUAUAUCAGAAAUGCACUUUUCUAAUCUCACGAGGUUGAGAUUUUUUAGGGCAUCUAACAACAUGUUAACGUUUAAACCAAAUCCAAGUUGGAUUCCUCCUUUCCACUGUGAAAGUAUUGAAUUGCGUAACUGGCAUCUUGGUCCGCAAUUUCCUCAGUGGCUACAAUUCCAAAAAAACUUGUCUCGUUUGGAUAUCUCCCAUGCUGAAAUUUCAAUC